GGGAAGAAUCGGGAAUAAGAACAAGAAUGGAACCCUGGAAAGAAAGCAAGUCAGACCUGACGGAUGACAGCGAAUCUUCGCAAAGCGUCAAAUAUUCCUGCAGUCACUUCAAAAAUCAAGACACAGAAGACAUAUUUGACCGCGACUACAAGCCACCUGUUUUCGAAUUUAUUGAUGGUGAAAGGAAUUCAACUACGUCUCUGCCCCUGUUCAUCAUAGACCGACUUCCUGAAGAUUGCAAUCCUGAACCAAGCUUCGAAAGUUCAAGAGACAGAUUAUGCAAAUCUCUACCGAAUUUGAAUCGCCUUACAGAAGAAGAAGAACAAAGACCAAGCCUGCCUGAAGGUAAAAGUGUUGCUGAUGUAAAACUAAAUGGUCCCAGAGAAGGCAAGUCAGUUUAA